UUUUUAUUUUUUGUUAGAUCUAAUUGUUUUUAUUUUAUAGAAGUAUUUUUAAUUAAAAAUUGCUCAAUCCUUAUUUUGAGUGAUCUGGCCCUUCAUAAUGGAUCAAAAUAUUUUGGUGGAUUUACAGAGGUUUGCGAGAGGUUAUCUACUUCGGAAACGUUUUCAGGAUUCUGUUAGAAAUGAAUUGAUUUGUAUUCACAACAAAAUUAGUAACAACAAUUUGCCCGACAAUAUAAAAUUACUCAAAAUUGGUUGUAUAUUAAACAACAAAAAUUAUUUUUGUGUUGAUUCUAACGAAAUUUAUUUAUUUUGCGAUAUUUUAUUUUCUUCAAUGAAGUCUUCUUCAAUUCAAAAAUCGUUUGCUUCUUUAUAUCUUUCAAGUAAACAUAUGGAUUCUGCAUGUAAAGCAACUUUUAGACUUUUUCAAAAAUUAAUUGAUGAGUUUGGAAAAUGCGAGGUCUCAAAGAUUUCCGAUUCUCGCAGAAUAGCUUCUCAAGCACCUCUAAUUUAUAUUUUUUGUAAUUGUUCAGAAGAAACUUGGCCAAUUUUAAAAGGAAAAGAAUCAAUUAUUCCAAUAAUAAAUUCUCUCUGUGCAAAACUACUUUACCCUUUAGCAACAAUAAAUUCUUUAAAUGUUUUUAAGAAAAUUAUUUUUGAUGCCCUAAAAGGAGAUAGAAUGUUGCUUGAUGAAAAAACAAUUGACCAAUUAUUUUUUAUCUCUAUCAGGUUUUUUGAACAUUUAAUUACGGGGGGUUUGAAUCAUCCUUAACGGUGUCCAACUUUGAGGGCCAUAACUCGUUCAGAGUCAUUUUGCAAGAAAAUGGAUAUCACUUUACAAUAGAAAGUCGGAGGUUCUCUAUCGA